GUGACGUUUGUUAGGGAGUGACGUUUGCAGUGCCGAACGAGGUUCAUUGAAGUCUUGGUUGAAGUAUAUUUUCGACCUAGAAUCAUUGAAGUCAGCAACUCCAGUGAGGCGGCGGGGAGACCAAAACACGGUUAUGAUCAAACGUAGCAGGCAUAGAAGGAUCCCUGAGCGGAGUCCCUACUUCUGUUUUUUUAUGGGAAACUGAAGUUGGGUUGAAAAUACUGUAUCCCUGAAAACCAGAAACAUCCGCUUUCUUCCGAUUCCGUGGAGAGUGCAUUGAUCGAGACAGGUGAGUGUCAUCAUGACAUGCUGCACUUUGGGGUGGAACCACCUGUCUCAAUCAAUGAGGGGGGAAAAAAUUAAAUGGAGAAGAUGGCGACGUACACAUUGUUUGAUUACUUAAUGGAGCAAAACAUUUCUUUGUUUUAGUAACAAAACCUUUUUAAAAUUCAAAUGCACCACCUGCAACUGGACACUGACAUUUUAGAAGAUGCAUCUUUGGCAGAAUCGAGAACAAAGCUAGUAUCGCCAAGUAAAGCCUAAAUCCUUUGGCUCCCACCACAGCCUCCACACCUGUGUGUCCUGGGAACUGCUAGCCUUCCCUCACCAGAUGUAGUGGGGAGUUGUCGUUUCCAGCCUUGUACACGACCUUUCUGCUGUCUAGUAAAGUAACCCCACCAUGCGUGAAUACAAGCUAGUGGUGUUAGGCUCCGGAGGUGUCGGCAAAUCUGCACUGACAGUCCAAUUUGUACAAGGUAUUUUUGUGGAAAAAUAUGACCCCACAAUAGAAGACUCCUACAGAAAGCAAGUUGAAGUGGACGGGCAGCAAUGCAUGCUUGAAAUCCUUGACACAGCUGGAACAGAGCAGUUCACAGCAAUGAGGGACCUGUACAUGAAGAACGGUCAAGGCUUCGCUCUUGUAUACUCCAUCACUGCACAGUCCACGUUUAACGACCUACAGGACCUGAGGGAACAGAUCCUGAGAGUAAAGGACACUGAGGAUGUCCCCAUGAUCCUGGUAGGCAACAAGUGUGACCUGGAGGAUGAGCGUGUGGUGGGCAAAGAGCAGGGACAGAACCUGGCCAGACAGUGGAACAACUGUGCCUUUCUAGAGUCCUCCGCUAAAUCAAAGAUCAACGUUAAUGAGAUUUUCUAUGACCUGGUCAGACAGAUCAAUAGGAAAACGCCGAUAGAAAAGAAGAAAGCAAAGAAGAAGUCAAAUUGCACACUGCUCUAAAGUUCUUACUUGCAGCAGUUCUGAGCCAGGAAACUGAAUUACACAACUGUUGCCCAUUUGGAAGGUGCCAGCAUUCCAAGACCUUUCAACAACAUUUGGAGAAGUUUGACAAAGGCAGACAAGUAAUUAUCUUCCUCACCACUCUAAUAAUGGAGGAUGAUUCUUCUUGGAUACUCUUCUCUGCUUCUUAAUGGUUACAGACCUUUUCCUCUUUUUAAUAAUUUUUUUUGUCAAUGAGUCAGCCUUGUGAUGAAGAGUUUUGCCUUUCCCCUGUUUUGGAAAUUACAAUUUAAAAGAAGAGACCACCAUGCGGAUUUGGGGAAUUAGGUUGUUUUGAUUGCAAAUAUUGUCAGAUCUUCGGCACAUUUCAAAUGACAAAACUUUUGCAAAAUACAUCAUGGGAAAUGUUGGCCUUUUUCAUUACCAUACCCUUCUGCACUAAUUGUGUCUACAGUAAUGCAUCACUGUCCAUAUGUUUUCUUUCUCCUACUUUUAAGUACUUUUAUUCAUCAAAUAACAUAUUUCCUAAGUGACUUUGUUUUAUGGGAAGCUGUAAGGCUUUCAUAUUUCCCAUAAUAUAUUCUGAUUACUUUUUUGCAUAAUGAAGCUGUGGAAAAUGUAUAUUUUAUAGAAUGGGGGAAAUGAAGAGACUUGAUUUGUUUGUCUUGAGGCUGAAAAUAUAUUGUACUAAAAACCAACUCUAAUAUUGCUUCUUGUUACCCUGUCACAAAAGAUUUUCCAGCUUUUAUGAAUUAUUAAAUUUUAGUACAUUUUCAUUA